CCACUCAUUUUAAAAUGAGGUUUACCUGCAACAUGAAAUUGGUGUGACUUGUACUUUUUAUUUUUAAUGCAACGACUGCACUUCAAAUGGAAUGAGUCGGAAAGUGGCAAGGAAUAGUUCUUUGUACUACUGAACUAAAGGCUAUGAUGAAGAACUCUUUUUUGGACAUGAUAAAUAAAUUUUGGGUUUGUAUUUGAGAUUUUUAUAAUUUUCAAAAACUUAUACGAUAUUCAAUUCGUUACAGAGAUUCCAAGCAAGUCUUUGUGGAAGAAAAAGAUUAGUCUUCAUCCAAAUGAAAGCUUCUUGCCUUGGAAUGUGUAACAUGUUCGAAGUGCGAAUCACCUGGGGCUUGGAGUAAAGAUAUCUCAUGAAAUAAAAAGCAUUUAUCGCAUACUUAAUCUGUUUUGUUUUUUUUCAUACUUGUCCAUCAUUGAAAAUAUGAAGCCUUCAUCCAACAAAUAAAAUCAUUCGAUGAUUAUGGAUUUGUAUGAAAAGGAUGAUUAGUAUUUGAUACCUGACUUUGAGUCUGCUAGUCGGUAAUGCUUGCAAAAUUCAUAAUAAUGGACAAUUGUAAUUAUUAGUUACAUCAUAGUCAUUUGUUAUUGUUACAAAUAUUGCUGUUUUUGAUUUUGCUCCUUUCUGUUUCUAAAGGUGACAGUGCAUAAAACAAGCACUUUGAUUUUAUAAAGUCUCGUACCCAUUUGCUAAAAUGCAGUACAGUAUAUAGAUAACUUCACAUGCAUUCGGCCAGAUUACUCUUGAUUUAUAAUGCUGUAAAUUUGACAAUUCUAUCAAUAAAUGUAUUUCUCCAGAAUUUUUAUUGUCUGGCCUAUAGUAAUCCUAUAGAGUUUGAAAACUAUACAUAGUUGUGCUUUAUAGGUAUUGUGUACGAAAUUGAUAGGGAAAGUUGAAAACAAAGAAAAAAUAUUGCAACUGCCCUGCCGAAUUACCUGUCGAUCAGUAUUAGAAAGCAUGUGUGUUAUGACAGGCUGUAAGUAUGACAAGCAGUGUCCUUAUUAAAGCAUGUUAUGUACGAUUCGCUCAUAAAGCCAUAUAUACUAUAAUGUUUGUCCCGAAUAACAUCCAUCGAAGAAGUGAGUAUCUGCUGAUAAAGUAAACUAGCUGCCGAAAUACAUGCUCGAAUAUAUCGAAUUGCUUCAACAUGGUUAUUUUCAUUUGCGUCUACCUGUCGUGUCGCUCUGUUGAGGGUUAUCCGAUUAUGUCUUCCCGUGGGAACUUCUCACAGCCGAUUGAUUGCUGCCGCGACAUUGCAUUCUGAAAACUGCCAUCUAGAUUCACCCUUGAUUAAAAUUUUAUUGACCGCACUGGGCGAGACGUAGCCAUUUGCCGGUGAUCAUACGGUUAUUAUUCCAGAGUUGACGAGUAUUGUUAUGUCACUGUUAGAUUAGUUGAAAAUAGCGGCCGUUGUGGAGAAUUCUAGUUUCGGUUAACGUCAUGAUAGAUCUUCGUUAGUUUCGCUAUGUAUAGUUUUGGAUACAUUACGUGAUCAUGAAAUUUAUGGAUUUGUAUCUGCUGUGGAGCUUUGUAUACUUAGUUGAAGUUUCAGGUUCGGUAAUGGAGGAAGAACUUCAAAGACAUUUGUUCAAAGAUUACAACAAACAUAUUCGACCUUCGCAGAAAGUCAGUGACGUCAUUGAAGUAGAUUUCUUUUUAACUCUUCUCCAGUUAAUCAGUAUUGCAGAAAAAUCAGAAGAAAUGACAACAUCACAAUAUAUAACACUACGUUGGCAGGAUCAUCGACUAAAGUGGAAUCCUGCUCAAUUUGGCGGUAUUAAAACUAUUCGUCUCCCGUCGGAAAUUGUAUGGAAACCCGAUCUCGCUCUUAGUAACAAUAUUGAUGGUUACUACGAUAAAACUGUUCCAGUCAACGCCCUUCUCAACCAUACCGGAGAGAUAGAAUGGCUUCCUCCGGCAAUAUACAAAAGUUCGUGUAGUAUUCAAGUGGAGUAUUUCCCAUUUGAUUGGCAGAAUUGUACUUUGAGGUUUAGAAGUUUUACGUAUAGUACAAAAGAAAUCUGGUUGCACAGCGUUUAUAAUAAGGUCGUUGUGGAUAGAGAAGCAUAUACUGACAAUGGUGAAUGGAGAGUAAUUCACUGCCCGAUAAAAGUCAAUUCAGACCCAGGAGAUCCGAAUUAUCAAGAUAUUACUUUAUAUUAUAUCAUACAAAGAAAACCACUUUUCUACGUCAUAAAUAUAAUUAUACCAUGUGUUUUAAUUUCGUCGUUGUCAGUCCUGGUGUUUUAUCUACCGAGCGGGUGUAGCGAAAAAACAAAUAUGAGCAUAUCCGUGCUUCUUGGCUUACCUGUCUACUUGCUUCUCUUGGCAAAGAGAGUUCCAGAAACAUCACUCGGAGUACCUUUAAUUGGAGCUUAUCUACUCUUCACGAUGUUGAGUGUUACAUUUUCCGUCAUUUUCAGUGUUAUCGUACUCAACAUUUACCAUCGAUCGCCCACUGCAUAUCAGAUGCCUCACUGGGUCCGAACUGUAUUCAUAGAGUUUCUUCCUCCUCUUCUUCACAUGAACACUAUUUUACCUCGACUACCCUGUCAUUUUUCUGGGAAUAACACAGAUGCAAAUACUUCAUCUGAUGAUGAAAUACCAACAAAUUUAUCGGCUGAAGAUCACAUGGACAAAAUCGAGAAAGACAAUGAAAAUGAAAGCACAAGAGAAAGCCAAACAUCCUCAAACAGAUGUAGUAAAAAAAUAUCACUACCAGAAAAAAUAAUACGGAGUAUGCAUUCAAAAAGUUGUGAAAACUUGAACGAAAUUAAUAGAGAGAGUGUUACAGAAGAACUGUAUAUUUCUUCUGCGUCGAUGUCUGACAAUAACACAAAGCAAUAUUUCAGUGAUGAUGAAAUCGAUGCUUUCACAGUUGGACAACAAAAUCGUGCAAAAAUAUCAUCUGAAAAAUUAGAUGAAGAAAAUGAACAAGAUCGACAACAUUUCAAAGCUAGUGAUAAAUGGAAGUGUUACCGUACAGCUCAAAUGGACCCUUCUGAAAUAUAUCCCAUGUUACUAUCGACACCAAAUAACAGUGAUUUCAGUCGGAGACCUGGCGUGGCUUCGAAUGUUUUGAAAGUACAUUCGCUGAUCAGCACCAGCUGUUCUGCGCCAACGGUCGCAGAUUCAGAUCACCAAGAAUAUUUCAGACUUACAUGCCACGAAAGGCACAAUAAACACAAAAGUCCAAAUAUCGAUGCAGUACCCAGGCAGAAUUUGCGACUAAACAGAGCUGAUUAUUUAGAUAUUUCUCCUGAUUGUGAUUCAGCGUUUGUACAAGACUCGGAAAAGGGUGAAAAAAAUGAACUUGAAGGUAUCGCUCGUCCCGAUUUUACAGCGGAAGCAACAAAUAAAGUAUUUCCCGCCAAAAGAAAUCGUCGUGUCGGAAUUAGUCAGCCGUUGAAGCUAUCCCAAAGAUUGCUUCUAAAAUCCGCUUCCAUACAACAGCCCUCUCAAGUAGACUCACGUUUGAAUGAAGAAACAAGUUCAUCAGCGAGUGUUAAUAAAAGAAGACACGAAAUUGUGGAUGUAAAAAAGUCACGAGUAAAAUACGUUGUUCACACUCUGCCUACACAAACGGACGAAUGCCUUGAUGCGGUCAAUUUUAUUUGCCAACACGUUAGAAGCGAAUAUGAUUAUAAGGAGAAAUCACAGGAAUGGCAAAUGGUUGCUUUGGUCAUUGAUCGACUAACAUUUUGGAUAUUUUUGCUGGUAUACAUAUCUGGUUCAUUGUAUUUUGCUCUUCAGGCUCUGACAAACUUUCCCCCAGAUCAUCCAUUCGUUGCAGGGGAUCCAAAAUAUGCAGAAUGUUGGGACGAGCAUAAUCAUCACUAUCGAGACAGAGAAAGUGUAAUAUAACGAUACCUAAUAAAUCAUAACAGAGAUACAAGAAAUUUAGAAAAGAAGCUGGCCCGAACGUCAAAGAAAGAGAAUUUUACAAUAAAGUAAUGGGGGCUUUCUAACACGGCGAAUUUAAAAAAAGACAAACUAAUAUAUAUAUACCAAACGAACGCUCCAGUUCAUAUAAUUGCCGUAUAACAGAAAGAGUUUCACACGAGCUCACGAACUUUUGGAAUAUUGAUUCUAAACUGUUCCAAACUACGAGAAGUCAUUAUUUUGUAUUCUUGAAAUAAACCCCAAAACAACUCAAGUAUGUGUGAUCCUUCACACCAAAUUAUAGGCCGGGAAUAAUGUUUUUAUAAUAAACCGCACCGAACUCGACUUGGGUCACAUCUCUUUAUAUUGAGCAAAACCUUAUAUAUAUAUAUAAAUAUAUGGGCUGAAAUCUGUUUCAGAAGUGGGAGGAGGAAGAUAUACACAGUAUCAAGAUUUUCUUGUUGUCGAAUGCAAUUAUAUCAUUUUAAAAGUUUUUUCGUCCAUUUUUUGUCAAGUAAUUUUUUUCCGAAAGCAUGACAGGUAUAAUUUAUGGCGAAAUUAGGUAAAACGGAGGUACCUCAAAAAUGAAGGGAUGAUUUGCAUUUCAAAUACCGCAUUAUUAUCGGUAUGCCAGCUUUCAAUAGAUGUUAACCGUCCGUAAUUCAUCAAAUGCUUUGGUUAUCUUGUCGCAUUUCUUUAAUUCGAAAAUGGAUAUUUUAGGUUUGCAUUGUAACCAAAAAUUGCUGUUGGCUAUCUUCUCCGUUAGUUGAUGUUGACUAGUUUACUACUUUGAUAUAUAUUGAGCUCCUACUGUCUAGACUCCGAUAUAAAACAAUUAUAUUAAUCAGAUGUGCUCAAAUUGGGAGCUCCUGUUAAUUUUAUAUAACAGAUCAACUCAAUUUCCAUCCUUUAGUAUUAUUUUAUUGCUCCGGUUAAACAAAUUACGAUCGUCAAUAACAAGAAAUUAUAAAACACGACUUAAAUCAUAAAAUAUAAAUUGUACCUUAAAUAGCAUUGUCCAUAAGAUAACAGCAGAAGUAUCAAGAACAGCUAACCUUUCUCCCACCACUAUAUUUCCUUUGUCCCGAUCAGUCUAUUUGAAUGGAAUUGGGGGUUUCUCAAUUUAGUGGAUAAUUUGUCUAUCUUUAUUUAUUACUUUUUUGGGAAGAAGGUUUUUCUUUGACCAAUCAAAUUCUAGUUUGUCUCGUUUUUAAUAGGAGGAAUCUAGGAUGUGCACGAUAAUUUCUCAUUUCAUCGGCACUAUUAUUCAGGUCAAAUAUCUUGUAAAGUUUAUGGAAUGAACUAGUUUAAGUUUAAAAAUAGCGAUGAUUUCAUUGUCCAGUGAGUAUGAAUCUUUUUAUGCUUGUGGAAAUUUACAGGUGCCAAGUCGAAAGUCAAGUUUUUAGUAUUAAUUGAGGUAAUAUUCGAGGAUUUAAAGUGAUAAAUUGCAAAUUUGUUACAGCAUCAAUUGACUAAAAUAUACAAGUUCUGUCAACUAUCAU